UCGCUUCCAAUGAAAAGGGUAUGAUUUCUUCUCCUCGCAAUGGAUUGGUCAUCGUAUGCGUACUCGUUCCCUCGUCCACCAAUCACGUUGUUUGUUUGGGGGGGUGGGUGGCUGCCUUUCCAACCAAUAAAGGAUGCGUUCGAGGCGGAGCAUAGUGAAAAAUCUAAACGAAUCAACAAUGCUUUUUUUUUUUCCUUUCAAACAACCCUCCUAUGUUCUGACGUCGCGGGAAAAAUGUAAGCGCUUUGAUUGGUUGCGACAUCUGCCAACCAAGCUUACUGGCUCGCUUGUGUUCCGGGAUUACCCUUGUGUGCGCCUCUUUUCCCUCCCGCGCGCCUUUAGGGGUCGCGCGCGCGCUUUCGACUUUCCCUUUUUUUUCCCUUUCUUUUUUUUUUUUUUUUUUUCCUCCAAUACCGGUCGCGAGGAGGAGGAGGAUGUGGCGCGCGGAGGGGAAAUGGCUGCCGAAAACAAGCCGGAAGAUGAUCAUGGAAACAGCAAUGGCAGUCAUGUAAAGAUCUUCUUGCCCAAAAAGCUGCUUGAAUGUCUACCAAAAUGUUCAAAUUUGCCUAAAGAGCGGCAUCGUUGGAACACCAAUGAGGAAAUUGCAGCUUAUUUAAUAACGUUUGAAAAACACGAAGAAUGGCUAACGACCUCUCCUAAAACAAGGCCACAAAAUGGUUCCAUGAUCUUGUACAAUCGCAAGAAGGUGAAAUACCGGAAAGAUGGAUAUUGCUGGAAAAAAAGGAAAGAUGGGAAAACAACAAGAGAGGAUCAUAUGAAGCUCAAGGUUCAAGGAGUUGAGUGUCUCUAUGGCUGCUAUGUCCACUCCUCCAUCAUACCAACUUUCCACAGGAGGUGUUAUUGGCUUCUUCAGAAUCCAGAUAUUGUAUUGGUGCACUACUUGAAUGUUCCUGCCAUCGAGGAUUGUGGGAAGCCGUGUGGUCCAAUUAUAUGCUCACUCAAUACCGACAAGAAAGAGUGGGCGAAAUGGACCAAGGAGGAACUUAUAGGACAGCUGAAACCUAUGUUUCAUGGUAUUAAAUGGACAUGCAACAAUGGGAACAGCAGUUCAGGGUUUUCUGUGGAGCAGCUUGUUCAGCAGAUACUCGACAGCCAUCAGACCAAACCACAGCCUCGGACGCAUAACUGUCUCUGCACUGGCAACUUAGGUGCAGGUAGCAGUGUGCACCACAAAUGUAACAGUGCCAAACAUCGCAUCAUCUCACCAAAGGUCGAACCAAGGACAGGUGGUUACAGUUCUCAUUCAGAAGUACAAAACAAUGAUGUUUCUGAAGGCAAAAAUGAACACAGUCAUGGCAAGUCAUCGAGUCGUGAGAAGAGAAAUGGCAAAAUGGCAAAACCUAUACUGCUUCAUCAAAACAGCACUGAGGUUUCUUCUACAAACCAAGUGGAAGUUCCUGACACAACCCAGAACUCUCCUGUCUCUAUCAGCAGUGGCCUAAAUAGUGAUCCAGACAUGGCUGAUAGUCCUGUAGUUACUGGUGUCUCUAGUAUGGCUGUUGCAUCAGUGAUGGGGAGUCUGUCUCAGAACGCCACUGUGUUUAUGUCUGAAGUCACAAAUGAAGCAGUGUAUACAAUGUCUCCAAACACUGGUCCCAAUCAACAUAUUUUGUCCUCAGAAACGUCUACCCAGGGACUGGUACUGGCUGUAAGUUCAGAUGGUCACAAGUUUGCCUUCCCUACAACAGGGAGCUCCGAUAGUUUAUCAAUGCUGUCUGCUAAUGUUGCUGAAGAGCUCGUACUUUCCACCACUCUUGAUAGCAGUCGAAAGAUAAAUGAAGCCACUAUGAAUUUUGAUCCAGACUGCUUCCUCAACAACCCAAAACAAGGGCAAACCUAUGGUGGAGGCAGCCUCAAAGAAGACAACAUUUGUACCAACAUGAGAAGAUCAUCAAGCACAGACCGCAGCUUCAGUUUCAAUACAGCUUUAGCAAAAGAAAUUAAAACAGAGGACACAAGCUUUGAACAGCAGCUAUCAAAGGAAAGCUUCCCAUCCACCUCAUCAAAUACACUAACCUUGACUCCAGGUUCUAGUUUGCUCCCAUCUGGGGGAGGCCUUAGUCCAAGUACAACUUUAGAGCAGAUGGAUUUUAGUGCCAUUGAUUCCAACAAGGACUAUACAGCCAGCUUCAACCAGGCAGUGCAGAGCCCUCACGUUCAUCAGACACCUUCCCCAAGCUUCUUUUUACAAGAUGCCAGCAAACCUAUUCCCCUGGAACAAAACUCCCACAAUAAUCUAAAUGACACAAACAGCACUUAUGUCAACACCCUAGGAAUUCCAAAUGUUAAAACAGAAGCAAAUUCCCAGACAGCAAGCAACUGCAAUGGUACUAUAGACCAAGCUAGGAUAGAAUCAACAUCUUCUCUCCAACUGAUGCAAUUUCACUCAAAUUUUCAGGCAAUGACUGCUGAAGAGGUUCCUAUGGAGGCAUCCCAGCAGACUGAAGGAACUAGCAAUUUGCUUAAGACAGCUGACCUUCAAGCCUGCAGUGCAGAGCACUAUAUGCAGUCUGAUAACAAUGCUGGUAUGAGGAAUGGUGGCAGUCUGCCUAUUCUGCAGGGAAACAUGGUUCAAGGUCUCUACCCUGUUGCACAUCAGACUAUAAGUAACUCUUCCAACAUGGAGCUCAAUUUAGACCAUUUUGAUAUCUCCUUCAGCAACCAGUUCUCAGACCUUAUUAAUGAUUUCAUAUCUGUGGAAGGUGGGGGUAGCACAAUCUAUGGACAUCAGCUGGUGGUAGGAGACAAUAAUGUGAUACCUCAGUCAGAAGAUGGCAACAGGCCUGCUUACUCUCAGGCUGAAAUGUGUAUACCCUGUUGUAGCCCUCAACAAGCAAGUAUGCAACUCAGCAGUGCUGACACUGGGGUAACUACAAUGGCUUAUAUGCAUGUGGCAGAGGUGGUAGCAGCAGCCGCCGCAGCACACAGCACCCUGGGAAUGCUUCAACAGAGCGGGCGUUUGUUCAUGGUGACCGAUUACUCCCCGGAGUGGUCUUACCCUGAGGGAGGAGUGAAAGUUCUAAUCACAGGCCCCUGGCAGGAGGCUAGCAAUAACUACAGUUGUCUGUUUGAUCAGAUCUCAGUGCCUGCAUCUCUUAUACAGCCUGGUGUACUGCGAUGUUACUGCCCAGCACACGACACUGGCUUGGUUACUCUUCAGGUUGCCUACAACAGCCAGAUCAUCUCCAGCUCUGUUGUUUUUGAAUAUAAAGCAAGAGCCCUGCCAACACUGCCCUCUUCUCAGCACGACUGGCUCUCCUUGGAUGAUAACCAAUUUAGAAUGUCAAUCCUGGAACGUUUGGAGCAGAUGGAAAGGAGAAUGGCUGAGAUGACAAGCGCUCAGCAACAUAAGCAGAGUGUUGGAGGAGGCAAUGGAAGUGGAACUAACAGUGCAGGAAACCAGGCACAAUGUGCUACUGGGACUGGCUCUAUAGGAAGCUGCUUUGAAAGCCGAGUGGUGGUUGUCUGCGAGAAGAUGAUGAGCCGAGCUUGCUGGGCAAAAUCCAAGCACCUGAUCCACUCCAAGACUUUCAGAGGGAUGACACUUCUGCAUCUCGCUGCUGCCCAGGGUUAUGCCACGCUUAUUCAGACUCUAAUCAAAUGGAGAACAAAACACGCUGACAGUAUUGAUUUGGAAUUAGAAGUAGAUCCUUUGAAUGUUGAUCAUUUCUCGUGUACUCCUCUGAUGUGGGCUUGUGCUCUUGGCCAUACUGAAGCUGCUGUAGUGUUAUAUAAAUGGGAUCGGCGGGCUAUCUCCAUCCCUGAUUCCCUAGGCAGGCUUCCCCUGUCCAUCGCACGUUCUAGAGGCCACGUGAAACUGGCUGAAUGCCUUGAUCAGCUACAGCGGGAGGAACAGUCACAAAUUGGUCAGAAUCCCAGGAUCCAAUGUUCACCAAGUGAAGACACUAGUGCAGACAGUUGGUUAACCCAGUGGCAAAGUGAUGCAAUUGGCUCAAAUGAGUCCCAGAAGGGAGUUACAAUUAUUUCUAAUGUCAAUACAGAGCUACGCCGGCCAAGAUCGGAACCUGCAAAUUACUACAGUAGUGAAAAUCCAAAAGAUUACCCAGCAGCAAAAAAACACAAAUUAAACCCCGAAUAUUUUCAAGGACAUCAGGAGAAGGUAAUAUCCACUGCCCUAAGCUUGGAGCAAUCUUCUGCCAGAAAGCAAGUCUCUAGCACCAAGCAAUCUAUGCCGGAAGCACUUUCCCAUAAUGAGGGAAUGUGUGAAUUUUCCAGGGACCUGCUGCCACGCACUCCUGAUACUUCUGCAUACAAAGCCACCACAGGCCUCAAAUGGAAGCCAAAAGAUCUUUACCUCGGUGUGUCAGCUGUACAGUUGACUGGAACACCCAAAACGUCUGCUUUGGGGAAGGACAUUGUAGGCCACAAGCUGCGUCAAAGAGAACAGAUGAAUGUAUUAAUGAUGUCGGAAAGGGAGAUGGUAGAUGCAGAAUUACUGUCCUACAGAGAAAACCUGGAGAAUGAGGACUGCUUACAGCACAUGGAUGACCUACAGGUAAAUAUGAUGAAUCUGGCAGAACAGAUUAUAGAAGCAACACCUGAGAGGAUCAAGAGGGAGAAUUUUGUACCAAUGGAGUCGUCACUGGCAGAGAGGGCAGACUCUGCAGCAUUUAGCACCACCAUGAGCUGGCUGGCCAGUUAUCUUGCUGAUGUUGAUCACUUACCAAGCGCUGCACAAAUACGGUCCCUCUACAAUGAACCCCUGACUCCUUCCUCAAAUACCAGCUUAAGCCCUGCUUGUUCCCCACUUAGUCAGACAACUUUUGAAAAGCCCAGUCUACCUUCUGCUGCUGACUGGUCUGAAUUUCUCAGUGCGUCCAACAACGAAAGGGUGGAAAAUGAAUUUGCCCAAUUGACUCUUUCGGAUCACGAGCAGCGAGAGCUGUAUGAAGCAGCAAAACUCGUCCAGACGGUAUUUCGGAAAUACAAGGGUCGUCCUCUGAGGGAACAGCAGGAAGUUGCUGCAGCUGUCAUUCAGCGUUGUUACAGAAAGUACAAACAGCUUACAUGGAUAGCCUUGAAGUAUGCACUUUAUAAAAAGAUGACGCAAGCUGCAAUCCUCAUCCAGAGCAAGUUUCGAAGUUAUUACGAACAGAAGAAAUUUCAGCAGAGCCGACGUGCCGCGGUGCUAAUCCAGCAGUACUACAGAAGUUACAAAGAAUGUGGUAAAAUGAGGCAACGGCGUAGGACAGCUUCUCUUGUGCAACAGAAACUAAGAAGCAGUUUGUUAACGAAAAAGCAGGACCAAGCUGCACGGAAGAUAAUGAGGUUUUUACGUCGCUGCCGUCACAGCCCUCUGAUGGAUCAUAGACUGUACAAAAGGGAUCUGAAUUAUUUUGGAGCAAACAUGUGUGUUUUAAAUUGCAGAGAGAUGUGCCAUUCUUAUUGGGCCUCUCUUUCUUUUUUACUUUGCAUCCCUAAUGAGAUUUCGGGAAAGUGGCAAGAUAAGACAUUUCCUAAAUUUCCCACAGGCCCUUUCAGCUCUAAGAGCAACAGAGCGAAAGAAUUGAAAAAGGCCAAGGAACUUGAAGCUGCAAAGCAACUUCCCUUAGCAAUGUGACAGCGCUUUUCAGACU